AUGGAAGUACAAGAGACCCAAAAUAGCACAGAGUUGCCCUGGCGUUCAGGCCUCACCCAGGCUCCUAUGGAGGCUAGAAACUGGUGCCCUGCCCCUCUUCGCCCCACCCCCACCCCAUCACCCUCUUCCUGUAACAGAUCCUCCCUUGCCCAUCCCCCACCUAACGGACACCGUUUCUGGUCCAUCCCAGAGCCGGCACUCAGCCACCUGCUGCCAGGCCCCGAUCCCAACGGCUCAGGCCCUCCUCAUCUCCCACCCUGGGAACGCUCUGAGGGGGCCACAGUCUACACUCCAGCUGCUACCCACCCCGCAGUCCCGCUUCCUCACGUCUUCUCCUUGGCCUUGGCACCCACGCCAGCCACCAUGCUGCCCACACCGCCCUCGCAGGUGCGCCAGAACUACCACCCCGAGUGCGAGGCCGCCAUCAACAGCCUUGUCACCCUGGAGCUCCACGCUUCCUACGUGUACCUGGCCAUGGCCUUCAACUUCGAUCGCGAGGAUAUGGCCUUGAAGCACCUGGCCUGCUUCUUCCUGCGCCGCUCCCAGGAGCACACCAGCCGCGCCCAGGAGCUGAUGAGCCUGCAAAACCGGCGCGGAGGCCGCCUCUGCUUCCACGACAUCAGGAAACCCGACCGCCACCACUGGGAGAGCGGCCUCAAGGCCAUGCAGUGUGCCUUGCACCUGGAGAAGGGCGUGAACCAGAGUGUGCUAGAUCUGCACCAGCUGGCCACCAACAAGAGCGAUGCCCAACUCUGUCACUUCCUGGAGAAUCACUACCUGGACCAGCAGGUCGAGUUCAUCAAAGAGCUGGGAGACCAUGUUACCACGCUGCGCAGGAUGGGAGCCCCAGAAGACACCACUGCCGAGUACCUCUUUGACAAGCUCACCCUGGGGGACAGCAACAAGAAGAAGUGA